AAGAAACAGAUGAGGGAGAGUGAAGGCUCUAACCAGGACCGUCUCUGAACCAAGUGGAGGAUUCCAGGGGAAUUUUCCAUCCGUUCCCUUUCUUUCUUUCAAAGCCAAGACUCGUCACAGACUAAUCCCAGUCCGUUUGUCCCUUUUUUGGGGGUGUUGACUGUUGAGACUUCCGACCUCUACCCUCACCAUCUGCCAUCUUCCCUAGUGAGACCAAAACCAGACGCUAAACUGACUGUGUCAAGAGAGAAAGCAAAAAAAAAAAUGAGAAGAGAUAAUCACCAGUCUUUCAGGACCUAAUUUCAUUAACUAACAUUCAGCUCAGAAUCCCUUCAGAACACAAAGACAUUCCACCGUCACUCAUUAAAAUCAUCUGUAAAUCUGGACUACCUUAAAAGUUUAUACGUGCAAUCUCCGUCCGGCGUUUGCUGCUGAGACCAUGACCAGUGCUUUACUGGUUCAAAGUGCUUUAUCGACAGAUAAAUCCUCCGGCUCGUAGUUUGCUCGUAGUCGUGAGCGACGGCGGAAGCGCGUGCUAAGCAGCGAGAGCUUUCUGUCGUGCUCUCGACUUCGUCUGAACGCAUUAACGGUUCGACGCGGCGGCGUUUGAGUGACGCGCAGCAGAAGCCAUGUCUAAGCUGAUAACGCCAGGCCCGACUGCUGCUGCUGCUUCUUCCUCGCAGGCUUAAACGUGCACCGUCCUCCCCGUCGUCCUCCCCGUCGUCCUCCCCGUCGCCGCUGCGUUAACACUGUUGACACUUUUGCUGGAAGGGCCUCUCACUACGGCUCUGAAAGCUCCUUUAUCUACUCCCGCUUACUCCUCCAUCCUUUCCUUUUACUCUAUUACAAACAUGCAAGUCAAAAUCUUUUACAUUUUUAUUUGUGAGACGAGACCACGUUUGUAAAUCUAAAGCCAUACUGAACACCAGCCAUACGGAUACCUUUUACAUUUACGAAACUCCUCAUAAUGUUACGUUUUCAGGGAAUCUGUGAAAGAAAACACUAGAUUUCAUGCAUUUCAACAGAACAGCUUUGUAAAUUCUGAUUUAUUGUAUUAUUUUUCUACGUGCGUCUUGUUAGAUCACGCUCUGUUGAAUCAGCGACCGCCCGGCCUUGGGUGUUACAGCGUGGCAGUGACUGUGAGUUCCCGUCUCCGUCCCGUGUUUUUCCCCGUGUUUGACGGAUGAAUCCAGACAUUUUCAUGUCUGUUCUGUGGGCAGAACCUCGCUGCCCUGCUAGAACCGGGCCCAAGCCCUCCUUCGUUCUCUUCUGUUGGGCCAAACUAAAUUCAGAGCAAAGACACUCGCGCAAGGAGCGCACAUAGAUCCAAAGCUCGGAAUCUUUUUUCUGGACUUCCUAACCGGCCGCUCCCUCGUGAAACGGCUUUAUAGACACUCGUCUUCUAGUAGCUGCUUGACAGUGGAACCGAGCAAUCGUUCAUUCCUCGCACUGUUGGAGAGAAGUUGUUGGUCAAGUAAAUCUUUCUUUAGUGGCGGCGUACGUGAGAAAUACAAGACAUUUCUUAUUGCAAGAAAUAAGAGUAAAAAGCGUGUGCCAAAUUUGGACGGACUUCGCCGAACAAAGCUGCCAGCGCCUGCCGUAGACGAACGGCAGGCGUGACAUUUUAAUUUGACUUUUUCCACGUUUGACAACAGAAGUGCCAAAGUGUAGGACGUUGACAUCCAGCAUCCGUUAAAAACCCGCGUUCUCUGUGAAGUUUACAUAUAGCGCUAAAUGUUUACAGACCACGGUUCCUUUCCCGGCACACAGCCGUCAGAAUAGUUUUCAGUUAGAAAUACGAUAGUUUAAGACGCUCUUUUUGCUUUUAUAUUAAGAGUUUACAGUUUUCUUCAAAUCAUUUUGUUUACAUAAAAUUAAAAAAAGAAAGUACUGCCAAUUUUGAAGAUUCUGAAUUUUGGAAAAGGGACAAAUGUCACUUUUUCAAUCGAAAGACCAAAUUUAAUUCUUCAGUACCCAGUGCCAUAAAACAAACCCAUAAUAUUCUGUGUUUGUAGUUCUGAAUAUUCAUUUUAGACAGACUAUAUUUCUGUGCAGGCGGUUUGUAUAAGUUUGUAUAAGGCCUACGAUAUCUGAACGACCUCAAUGUUUACACGAGCUGCUUACAGGAAGGAUUCACAUACCGACAAAUGUUUACAUUCAUAUAAAAGAAGUAAAUGCCAAACACAUUCAUGAAACAGCUGCUGAACACCGAGAACAACCUUCGCACCUGAACCGUGCAGUCAACAUCACGCUGAAGAUUCAACUUUUCAUAAAGGAUUUAUUCUUUUUUUUUUAACUCAAAGAACCUGCUACAGUAUCUUGGAGGAGACUGAUAGUUGCUAAGGAACUAUUUGUGAAUAUUUGUUUUUUUUUUCUUCCUAAGAUUCUUAAGUACUUUGCCACAGAACAAUGAAACCUACAUUUCCAGAAGGGAUGUUUUCUGCAUCCGUCGUCCUCUUCCUUUCCUGCUGCCUGGCUCUUCCCGCCGUCCUGGACGCCGCGGGGCCGUCCCGUGCCGCUGACGAGGACGUCAGCAGCAACUCUGCUGCUGCAGCCGCUCCGUCCUCCACCUUGUUCCUCCUCACCGGCUACAAGUCCCGGCUGCCCAGCGGCUCCAAAACGGCCCCGAAAGCGGCCGAGGUGGAGGAGGACGGUCCGGCCGUGGCCGAGCUCCCCCCGAAGCCUCUUCCUCAGACCAUGCUGCCCAGGAACGUGACGGCCGACGCCCUGAAGCCGCCGCUCGGCGCCGCCAACGUGGCCCCGCCGCCCAAACAGCUGGUGGACGUGGACGUUUGCAGGGGUUACUACGACGUCAUGGGCCACUUUGACAGCACGUUCAACUGCUCCCAGGGCAGUUACAUCUACUGCUGCGGCACCUGCCACUACCGCUUCUGCUGCGGCCACCAGAGGAACCGGCUGGACCAGGACGCCUGCAACAACUACAUCUCCCCCGUGUGGGCCGAGCCGCAGGACCCCGUCACCGUGCCCACGGGCAACAAGCCCGACCCCGACUUUGAGACGCUGCAGCAGCAGAGCAGCAGCACGGCGUACGUGAUCGGAGGGGUGAUCUCCUUCACGCUGGUGGUGGCCGUCGGGGUCAGGAUCGCCUUCAGCAAGGUGGCACGUCGACCUCGCAACAGGGAGAUCAACAUGCCCCGAUCUCUGGUGGACAUCCUGCGUCACCAGUCCAGCCCCGUGCAGCCGGGGGAGAGGAACGCCUCGGUGCUGAGCGCCGCCUCGGACGGACGCACGCCCAAAAACCUCUACACCCCCAUCCUGCAGAUGAAAGACAACCGCACUGGGAACUUGCACCACCCUUAUAACCAGCAGGGUUCUGCUUCCAGCCCCAAACACUCUGCUACCAUCGAGCGUGGCGCCCGUAUGAACAACAGCUCCCAGCUCUCGUCCGGGUCCUCCCUGAUCCCGGGAGGGGGUAAAGGUCUGGCAGGGCUCGGCGGCAGCAGCAUGAUGGGAGGCAGCAUGAGACACAACAGCAGCCACCCGUCUUUCUCCCACUCCUUCCACAACCUGGCCCAGCUGCCGCCCUCGUACGACUCGGCCAUGAAGCCCGAGAUCAGCCGCUACAGCUCCCUAAAGAGGCUCGAGAAAGAACUCGACGAAUACUCGAGCCACUACAGUUCCAAGCGUCGCUCCAACAACGCGCCGCCCUCCUUCCACUCCUCCCAGCACCACCUGGCCUGGGGGGGCGACUACACCCUGGGGUCCCGGGGCACCCUGCCCCUGCACGGCUCCCGGCCGCACCUCCACAUCCCGGCCUCCACCCCCAACCCGUACCCGCUGCCCUCCCAGACGCCCUACGCCAGCUCCACCUUCGACCGGCCGCCGCGCCGCGUGCGCUCCCAGGACCAGCUGCUGGCGCUCGGGGAGGGCAACACGCUGUCCCGCCUGUCCAAGAACCAGCAGCACCAGUACCACAAAGCCAUGAUGAGCACCAGUCGCAGCUCCACGUCACAGACGCUGCGCAGGUCCCACGAGCGUCUCCUGGUCUCCCCCGACCGCCUGGAGGAGCGGCUGAUGUCCAUGGGUCUGAUGGGCGGAGGAACCAGAGCUCCGGGAACCACGGGGACUCCCAUGUUCCCCACCAUGGGCCGGCUCAGCCACCACCAGAAGGCCCAGUCGCAGCAGAACAUCUGCGUCACGCCGUCCAUGGACCGCCACCACAUGAUCAAGAUGAACUCCCAGCCGUCGUCGGGCCACGAGCACGAGCGCGGCCCGCCCGCCGCCGCCAUCGUGCCCGGCAUGGGCCUGCGCGGCGCCUGGGACUCCCACGGAGACCACGGCGGCGGCGGAGCGGGGACCAUGGGAGGAGGACACCCCAGCGCCAGGAGGAUGGCCUUCGCCAGCAAGAGGCAGAACACCAUCGAACAGCUGCACUUCAUCCCCGGAGGAGGAGGAGGAGGAGGAGGAGGAGGAGGGCAGGGACUGCGGACUGGGAGUAAGAACGAGGUGACGGUGUGAGAGGACGAGGAACAGAAGAUAAAGAGCGAUGGCGGACUGGCAAAGGCUGAUGUUUUUAAAGAAGCUGAAACACGACGAGAAAGAAACAUUCAGUAGGAGGAUGGAGUGAAGAGCUGAGCAGGGAAAAAGAGGUUUGAUCCCCGCUGCACGCCCGUAAAGGGUCGACUCUGCCGUGAGAACGAGCAGCUCGUUUUUAAAGAAAAAUAAAAGCGCGGUGGGUGACGUUGAUCUCAUAGUGAGUAAAAGCCAAUUGAUUCUCUCCUUGUCAUUUUGUGCAUUGAAAAACGAGAAUAUUCAGCCAUUCUUUAAGGGGAAAAAAAUCCCUGGUAAAAAUAGCAAAAAUGCAAUUCAAAGGCUGUGACUUUUAUUGAAGAGAAUUCGCUGAGCUGUCGAUUCGUCCUUGAGCUUUAUUGCGCCGUCAUCGAUUCUCUGACGGAUUGAUCCGUCUCUGAAUCCACUGUGGAGCCGGGCGGGUUUGCUUGUUGUAUUUAUAAAAGGUAUUUAAACCAAACAAGUUACUUUUGUAUGAAAUUAACUUGAUGACAAUAUUAACCUUUACUGAGCCCUGUAGGAUUUUAUGUAUACUUAGCUGAAAUUCAUCUUUAACCCGGCCGGUUUGUAACGUAAAGGCUGGCCUCGUGAUCAGCCCGUCAUCGCUUUCUCUAGUUGUGAUUGGACAAAAGUACAACUGCUGAACAGUUGAGUGCAGCUAAAUGUCAUUUGAUGGCUUUACGGCUUUAUACUAAUGAUUUAAGGUGAUAAAUUAAACAUUUAGGGGAGAAAAAAAGAAAAUUCUGCUGCCGUAAAGGCCCAGUCACAUCAGCGUUUUACAAUGAAAUCAAAAAUGGAAUUGCUACGAUGCAUCUUGUUUUUCACGCUCAGCUGUGGUGAACUUUCUCUCGGCGGCUUGGACCGUUUUUUAUUUUAGCAGGCGAGAAAUGUUCUUUUUUUUAGUCUUGUUUGGUGUCAGAGUUCGAGCAUCUCUGUG